AUGAUAUUUGAUAACAAAAAACCAAUAAUUGGUAUUAAUUCAUGUCCGGAAAAAUCCGAAGGAUAUCUUAUGUUACCAAUGAAAUAUACGGAAAGUAUAUCUGAUAUUUUCGAAAUGCUAAGAGCAGGUUACUAUAACGUAAUAAUGAGACGGAGAAUUCGUACUACGAUAAAGGGAGAUAAUAUUUGGGAUGUUCCUUUUCAUACACACGAAAAAGGUCGCAUUGCAGGUGGAGAAAGACUUUAUAUGCAAGAGCAAAAUGAAAUAUCAAGUAAUUUACCAAAAAUAAGGCGUUUGCCUUGGUUAGCAUUAAAUGAAGUAUUUAUAGCAGAAACACUUUCUGCUAAAACAAGUUCAUUGCUUGUAAGUGUCGACGAUGAAAAUGAAUAUCAUUUGGUGAAAAGUUCUGGUUUAUGUAUUACUACUGGAACAGGAUCAACAUCAUGGUAUAAAUCGAUAAAUAGCGUUAAUCCACAAAUAGUACAAGAAAUAUUGACUCUUUUAAAUAAGGAGAAGCAAUUUACUAACGAAGAAAUUGAUAAAAUCUGUUCUACUUUUAACGAUAGCUUAUAUUUUGAUGCAGAGGAAUCAAAAUUAUGUUACGUUAUAAGAGAUAUGAUAGUAAAUGAUCUGUGGCCUAUAUCAAAAUGUAUUCAUCCCCGAAAAUUUUGUAAUAAGUUAACAGUAAGAUCACAGUGUUAUGAUGCUAGUAUAGUUCUUGACGGUGGUAUAGCGAUACCGUUUAAUUUUGGCGCUACUGCAAUAAUGGAAACUUAUCCUGAAGAUUCUUUGCGAUCUUUAGUCCUAGAUUAA